AUUCGGGAAAAUUUGUUGGAUUUUCGUUUCCGUAGAAUUCAAAUUCCGUUGCUAUACCACUCCGGUGACCGCCGUCGAUCGCCUCGCGCAGUCUGUACCACCACCGUCAGCCGAUCACCACCUCUGCAGCUUAGAAUUGAAGGAAGUCCUCUUGGAAAGUUGAAAUAUGUUGUGCUAUUAGGGAUCUGUACAUGCACUUAUGUGAAGAUGCAUUUUCCAGCACUUCUUGAACAGAGAACUGGGUUUCGAGGAUUCUUUUGGAAAGCAGCCAGGAUAGGUGAGCGCCUAAGUCCUUGGGUGGCAGUGGGAUGCUUGACGAUGGGUGUUUCAAUAAUCUUCUUUUGACAGAGCUGUUUAAAUUGUUUCUUUUAGUAUUACAUGUCCCUCCUCCUCCCCUCACCAAAGAGGUCAAGCUCAGGGUUUCUUAUGACUACAUCUGCUGCCUGUGAUGACUCCAUGAAUGUUGGAAGCGAUCUUCUAAAAGUUUUCUAUUAUGAAUUCACAGAGUUGACACGUUUGCAAUGGUUUUAUAUUUCGGAAGUGCCCUUUUAACUGUUUUCAAUUUUGACUUUGAAAUGAAGAACUUUGAAACUUUUUCAAUUUUGACAACUGAAAAGAAUUGACUAGUUGAGUAAUUCAUUAAUGUCAGGACUGCUAGUCGUUUGGCUCAAAAAAAGAAAAAAGUCAUUGUCUAUCCAUUAAAUAUGGAAUUUUAAUACA